AUGGUUCGACAGGGCAGAUCGGAAUCGACCACAGGUAGCCCGUCAAACAGGCAGGCAUCCCCACCUUCCGAGCCGCGUGAAGUAGCAUGGAAGGAGCGGAUAUGCCAUUUCACAUGGACAUGGUUCGAAUGCACCAUGGCGACGGGCGCCAUGGCCGUGCUCUUGGCCCAACAGCCAUUCAAGUUUGAUGGACUGUUCACCAUCGGAAGGGUCUUCUUCAUCCUGGAUCUGGUGCUGUUCGUCUCAUUUAGUGCUUGCAUAGCAACGCGUUUCGCCAUGCAACCAGGCUCCCUGAAGCUAUCCUUGCACCAUCCGCGGGAGUCAUUCUUCUUCGGGACAUUUUGGGUUUCGAUAGCAUUCAUCAUCUACAACAUCGAGCUCUACGGAGCGCCCUAUUGCGGCUUCUGGCUGGUGAGGACGCUCGAGGUUCUCUUCUGGGGGUAUGCCGGGUGCGCGCUGCUGGUGGUGAUAUUCCAGUACCACGUCAUCUUCGACACGCGCAGCCUCCCAGUGGCGGACGCAACGCCAGCAUGGCUCCUCCCGGCCUACCCGUUCCUGGUGCUCGGGCCGCUCGCGGCGGGACUCGAACACUCGCAGCCGGCGGGAAGCGGGCUGCCCAUCAUGAUCGGCGGGCUCGCGUUCGCGGGAUUUGGGUGGAGCAUGGCGUUCAUGAUGUACACGCUCUACUUGACGCGGCUGAUCAACAGCGAGAUGCCGGCGGAAACGGAGCGGCCAGGCAUGUACGUGGCGGUGGGGCCGGCGGCGUACACGUCGAGCACCUUCAUGGCAGUGGGAUCUCUGGCGCCCAAGAUAUUGCCGGCGGGGUUCCUGGGGACCGAGGGCACGUCGGCGGGUCAGGUGUGGAAGGCUGUGGGCCUGCCGGCCGGAGUGUUUCUGUGGCUGCUCGGGUUCUGGUUCUUCGCGCUGGCCAGCAUCUCAAACGUGCUGGGGUGGAAGAAGAUGAAGUUCACAAUGAGCUGCUGGAGCUUCGUGUUCCCGCAGGCGGGGCUGACGAUUGCGGCGAUCCAGCUGGGAACAGAGCUGGACAGUGACGGGAUCAAGGCGGUGACGAGCGCGAUGACGAUUUUGGUGGGCGUGGCAUGGCUGGGGGUGGCAGCAGCAUCGAUACGCGCCGUGUGCACAAAGGAAGUGCUGUGGCCGGGGGCUGACGAGGACGCAGAGGAGGUUGAGCAUGAACGGAGGCGGGAGUGA